CAAAAAACUACCACUGGGCGGCGCCUAAUACUGUGGAUGUGCGCCGGCCGAACGGAGCGCGAAGACGCCGGACUAUUUAAACUUGGUGUGCAUGUCAUUAGCACUAAGGAACAGGCUCAGCUGCAGAUUCUGCUCUUGUGCCUAAUCGGGAAACGGAUUUAUCUCCCUGUCACACAUCUUGAUACAUCGGACUAACCAUCCGUUGUUUUUUCCUUUGUUGCUUGAUUUUAAAAUCUAAGCCAACAUGCCGAAGGUAGGACCGCCCCCGGAUGCAGAGGAGCGCGACCCGACUCCCUUCCUGCGUCCCUCCCUGGAGAUGCAGCGUGAAGACCAGAACCGGCCCUUUGAUGGUAAGAAGAGCUGCUGGGUGCCGGAUGAGAAGGAGGGCUUCGUGCCGGCUGAGAUCAAAUCCACCAAGGGCGAGCAGGUCACCGUCACCCUCAACAAAGGAGAAGAGAAGACAUUCAAGAAAGAUCAAAUCCAACAGAUGAAUCCGCCCAAAUUCGAGAAAUGCGAGGACAUGUCCACCCUGACCUACCUGAACGACGCUAGUGUCCUGCACAACCUGCGUCAGCGCUACUACAAGGACUUCAUCUAUACUUAUUCGGGUCUGUUCUGCGUCGCCAUCAACCCGUACAAAUGGAUGCCCAUCUACAACAAGAAGGCCGUAUCCGUCUUCAAGGGCCGUCGUCGCAAUGAAGUGCCACCCCACGUCUUCGCCAUCUCCGAUAUGGCUUACAGCAACAUGUUGAUGGAUCGCGAGAACCAGUCCAUGUUGAUUACUGGAGAGUCAGGAGCCGGUAAGACAGAGAAUACCAAAAAGGUCAUCGGGUAUUUCGCUGAAGUAGCCGCGAGUGCUGCCGGUGCCGGAGAGAGAAUUAAGUUCGCCAGCGGCGGUACUCUGGAAGACCAAAUCGUCCAGGCUAACCCUGUACUGGAAGCCUUCGGUAACGCCAAGACCGUGCGUAACGAUAACUCGUCCCGAUUCGGUAAAUUCAUCCGUAUCCAUUUCGGUACGACCGGCAAACUGUCUGGUGCCGAUAUUGAAAGCUAUCUGCUGGAGAAGUCCCGUAUUGUGUACCAGCAGCCACUGGAACGAUCGUACCACAUCUUCUACCAGAUCAUGUCCGGUGGUGUGCCCGGCCUGAAGGAGAAACUGCUGCUGACGGAAGACAUCUCCACCUACUUCUACGUCGCGCAGGGCAAGACCACUGUGGACGGUAUGGAUGACGCUAAGGAAAUGAAGGAUACCGAUUAUGCCUUCAACGUUCUGGGCUUCGCGCAAGACGAAAAGGAACAGGUGUACUCGCUGGUGUCGGCUGUCAUGAACUUUGGUGGUAUGAAGUUCAAGCAGCGCCCGCGUGAGGAACAGGCCGAACCGGACGGUACGGAAUCCGCUGAGAAAGUCGGUCAUCUGUGCGGUAUCAGCCCGCAACAGCUGCUGAUCGCCAUCACCAAGCCCAAAGUCAAGGUCGGCACGGAAAUUGUCACCAAAGGUCAAAACAUGGGACAGUGCAUGAACGCCUGCUCCGCCUUGGCCAAGGCUCUGUUCAACCGUCUCUUUUUGUGGCUGGUCAUCCGUGUCAACACCACCCUGGAGACCAAACAGAAACGCCAGUUCUUCAUCGGUGUACUGGAUAUUGCCGGCUUCGAGAUUUUCGACUCCAACGGCUUCGAACAGAUCUGUAUCAACUUUACCAACGAGAAACUGCAGCAGUUCUUCAACCACCACAUGUUCGUGCUGGAGCAGGAAGAGUACAAGCGUGAAGGUAUUGAGUGGGAGUUUAUCGAUUUCGGUCUGGAUCUGCAGGCCUGUAUUGAGUUGAUCGAAAAGCCUUUGGGUAUCUUCUCCAUCCUUGAAGAAGAAUCUAUGUUCCCCAAAGCCACCGAUGAGACCUUCCGUGAGAAGCUCUACCAGAACCAUCUGGGCAAAUCGCCCAACUUCAGCAAGCCCAAGAUCGGCUCCAAGGGUGCUGAAGGUGCCCACUUCUCCAUUGCUCACUACGCCGGCACUGUGCCCUACAAUAUCAGCGGUUGGUUGGAGAAGAACAAGGAUCCCCUGAACGACAACGUCGUGGAUCUCUUCAAGAAAGCCGGCAACCCACUGUUGCCUAAGGUCUUCGCCGAUCCCACGGACGCCGCGGGUGAGGAGGCGGCGGCUUCCGGUAAGGGUGGUAAGGGUAAGAAGGGCUCGGCCUUCAUGACCGUGUCCGCCCUGUACCGUGAACAGCUGAGCAAACUGAUGGCCACCCUGAAGGCCACCCAUCCCCACUUUGUGCGCUGCAUCAUCCCUAAUGAAAUGAAACAGCCCGGUGUGGUGGACGCCCAUUUGGUCAUGCACCAGCUGACCUGUAACGGUGUGCUGGAGGGUAUCCGUAUCUGUCGUAAGGGAUUCCCCAACCGCAUGGUCUUCUCCGACUUCAAGCAGCGCUACACCAUCCUGGCUGCCAGUGUCAUCCCCAAGGGCUUCUCUGACGCCAAGGCCACCAGCCAGAAGAUCCUGGAGCACAUCCAGCUGGACCAGGCUGAGUACCGUCUGGGUAACACUAAGGUGUUCUUCAAGGCCGGUAUCCUGGGUCAUAUGGAGGAACUCCGUGAUGAGCGUCUGUCGGGUAUCUUGUCCCUGCUCCAAGCUCACAUUCGCACCUACUUGACGCGGUUAGGCUACCAGAAACUCAAGGAACAACGCAUUGCUUUGACCAUCCUGCAACGCAACAUCAAGAAGUUCCUGCAACUGCGCAACUGGGCCUGGUGGAAGCUGUACCAGAAGAUCAAGCCGCUCCUGAUGACCGCCAAGGUCGAGGACGAGCUUAAGGCCAAAGAUGAGGAGAUCAAGAAGCUCAAGGAAGAACACGAGAAGGAGGCCAAACUCCGCAAGGAGUACGAAGAGAAGAACGUGCAGCUACAAAAGGAGAAGAGCGAUAUGUUGAUCCGCCUGGAGACGGAAGCAUCCGGCUUGGGUGAGCUGGAGGAGAAGAACAACUCCCUCGUCAAGCAGAAGCAGGCGCUGGAAUCCCAGUUGAAGGAUGCCGAAGCGGCUUUGAACGACGCCGAAGGCAACACCAACCAGGUGCAGCAGGCCAAACGCAAACUCGAGCAGGACAUCCAGGGUCUGAAGAAGCAGCUGGAUGAGCUGGAGCUGACGCUGCAGAAGGCCGAACAGGAUAAGACCAGCAAGGACCACCAGAUCCGCAACCUCAACGACGAGAUGGCCCGCCAGGAUGAGCUGAUUGCCAAGCUCAACAAGGAGAAGAAACAUAUGGAGGAAGUUGGCAACAAGACCAGCGAAGACCUGCAAGCCGAGGAGAACAAGGUCAACCACCUCAACAAGGUGAAGGCCAAGUUGGAGCAGACCCUCGACGAACUGGAGGACAACCUGGAACGCGAGAAGCGUCUGCGCGGUGAAGUGGAGAAAUCCAAGCGUAAGCUGGAGCAAGAUCUCAAGGGAACCCAGGACAACGUUGCUGACCUCGAAAAGAGCAAGCGCGAGCUGGAACAGGCUUUGUCCAAGAAAGAUGUCGAGCUGAACAGCGUCAACGGCAAGCUCGAGGAUGAGCACGGUCUGGUCGCCAAACUUCAGCGCCAAAUCAAGGAACACCAAGCACGCUUGGGCGAGAUGGAAGAGGAGCUGGAGAGCGAACGCCAGGCUCGCCAGAAGGUUGAGAAGCAACGCCAGGAAUUGACCCGUGAGAUCGAAGAGAUGAGCGAGCGCAUGGAAGAGGGCACCGGCAUGAGCGCUGCCCAAAUCGAAAUGAACAAGAAGCGCGAAUCCGAAAUGGCCAAGCUCCGCCGCGAUCUCGAGGAAUCCAACAUCCAGCACGAGACCAUCGUCCAGUCGCUGCGCAAGAAGCAGGCUGAUGCCGUCGCCGAGCUCGGUGACCAGGUGGACCAACUGAACAAGAUCAAGGCCAAGCUGGAGAAGGAGAAGGCCCAGAUGAAACACGAACUGGACGACCUCCAAGGCAACGUUGACAAUGCCGUCAAGGGCAAGGCCAGCGCUGAGAAGCAAGCUAAGGCCUUGGAAGCCCAGGUGGCUGACCUCUCCGCUCGUCUGGAUGAGGCCACCCGCAACCUGAACGAGUUCGGCGGAUCCAAGAACCGUCUGUCCGGCGAGAACGCUGACCUCUCCCGUCAACUGGAGGAGGCCGAAGCCCAGAUCAGCCAACUGCAGAAACUGAAGACCAACCUGACUGCUCAGCUGGAGGAGGCUAAACGCUCCGCUGAGGAUGAGAGCCGUGAGAAGCAGGCCCUGUCCUCCAAAUUCCGCAACCUGGAGGCUGACUAUGAACACCUCCGUGAUAACGUGGAGGAGGAACAGGAAGGCCGUGCUGAACUGCAACGCCAGCUGGCCAAGGCCAACAGCGAGGCGCAACAGUGGCGUGCCAAGUAUGAAGGCGAGGGUCUGUCCCGCGCUGAGGAGUUGGAGGAGGCCAAACGAAAACUCCAAGCUAAACUCCAGGAAGCCGAGGAGGGCGUUGAGGCUGCCAACGGAAAGGUCAGCAGCUUAGAGAAGGUCAAGCAGCGCCUCCAAGGUGAAUUGGAAGAUCUGGCCAUUGAUGUAGAACGGGCCAACGCUAAUGCCAACUCCUUGGAAAAGAAACAGAAGGCUUUCGACAAGACCAUCGGCGAAUGGAAGCAGAAGAACGAUGACCUCGCUGCCGAACUGGACGCUUCUCAACGCGAAGCACGCAACUACAGCACCGAGCUGUUCAAGAUGAAGGCCGGCCAGGAAGAGAUGUCCGAGCAGGUAGAGGCUCUCCGUCGCGAGAACAAGAACCUCGCCGACGAGAUAAAGGACCUGACUGACCAGUUGGGUGAAGGUGGCCGCAGCGUACACGAACUCUCCAAAUCUCGCAAACGCUUGGAACUGGAGAAGGAAGAACUCCAAGCUGCCUUGGAAGAGGCCGAAGCCGCCCUGGAGAACGAAGAAGCCAAGGUCCUCCGUGCACAGCUGGAGGUCUCCCAGAUCCGCUCUGAGAUCGAUAAGCGUCUGCAGGAGAAGGAAGAGGAGUUCGAGACUACCCGCAAGAACCACCAACGCGCUCUGGACUCCAUGCAAGCCAGCCUGGAAGCUGAGGCCCGUGGCCGCGCUGAGGCACUGCGCAUGAAGAAGAAACUGGAGUCGGACAUCAACGAGCUGGAGAUCGCUCUCGACCACGCCAACAAGGCCAAUGCUGAGGCCCAGAAGAACGUCAAGAAAUAUCAACAGCAGAUUAAGGACCUCCAGACCCAGGUCGAGGAGGAACAACGCGCCCGUGAUGAUGCCCGUGAACAGAUGAACUCAGCUGAACGACGGGCCAACAUGCUGCAAGGAGAGGCCGAUGAACUCCGCAACACCUUGGAACAGGCUGAACGUCUCCGGAAGCAGGCUGAGAACGAGCUCAAUGAUGCCAAUGAACGGCUGGCAGAACUCACCGCCACCAACACCUCGCUCAGCGGUGCCAAGAGAAAACUGGAAGCCGAACUGGGUGGUUUACAUCACGACCUGGAUCAAAUGCUGGCUGAGGUCAAGGGAGCCGAAGAGAAAUCCAAGAAAGCCAUGGCCGAUGCCGCCCGCCUGGCCGAUGAGCUCCGACAGGAACAGGAGCACGCGAUGAACAUCGAGAAGAACCGCAAGGUCCUGGAAACCCAGGUCAAGGAACUGCAAGUCCGUCUGGACGAGGCCGAAGGUGCCGCCAUCAAGGGUGGUAAGCGCAUCAUCCAGAAACUGGAAGAACGCACCCGGGAGCUGGAAACCGAGCUGGACGCUGAACAACGCCGUCAUGCUGAGACCCAGAAGAACAUAAGGAAGCACGAACGCCGCAGCAAGGAACUGCAAUUCCAGGCUGAGGAAGACAAGAAAUCCUACCAGCGCAUGCAGGAUCUGGUGGAUAAACUGCAGGGCAAGAUCAAGACCUACAAACGCCAGAUCGAGGAGGCCGAAGAGCUGGCCGGUAUGAAUCUGGGCAAGUACCGCAAGCUCCAACACGAACUGGAGGAAUCCGAGGAGCGGGCCGAGAUCGCAGAACAGGCCCUGGGCAAACUCCGUGCCAAGAACCGCAGCGGUGCCUCCGCCGCACCCAGUGGACCAGCGCCCAAGGACGAGGAUCUGUUGCCUCUGCCUCGUCCUCAGUUUCUCACUACCUCAUCCAGAUCAACUCCCGUUCCAGGGACACCAUCAUUAAAACGGAAAUGAGCCAUGCGCGCUAACACUUGUUGUUCCGAGUUUUCGUUCGGUUGCAAGCUACGACGGUGACUUGAGUGGGGCCGCGUCAUCCUACCACACCACAAGUUAUCCGUCCCUGUCAUCAUCAUACUCACGCCACAUUAUCGGUCAUCCGUUCCCGUCACGUAGCCAGCAGGAUGACAUCUGAUGAUGUCUGCCCUCUCUUCGGUGCUCGAAACAACAUUGGUUUAUUUCCUUUUCUUCUUUUCCUCUUCUUUGCCGUAGUUGCUCUAGUUUCUGUCGCUUUAAUCUGUUCUCUCUAUUUAGAAGGAAGCGGUUACAUAUUUUAGAAUACACUUGGUGUCUUUUGGCGCAGGGUGGUCAAAAUUUUGGGUGUACGUUUGUCCUCAAGUUUCAUAUGAUCCUUUCUGAUUAUUGCACGUGUCAUAAUUCUGCCUGAGCCUGUUCCUGUUCUUCUUUUUUUGCGCUAUUGCAUAUUGUAUGAACUUGUGGAUAUUUAUGCAGAUUUGUAGUCAAUGUUUAAUUUCGGUCAGAUGCUUGUACGUUGACUCCAGUAUAGCAGCCAUUAAACACCGCACUAAUAA